AUGUCUAAGCUUAUCACCAUCUUUGGCGCCACCGGAAACCAGGGCGGCUCCGUGAUAAAUUCGAUUCUCACCGAUCCUCAGCUUUCGAAUGAGUUCAAAAUCCGUGGCGUUACCCGCGACGCCACGAAAAAGUCAGCCCAAGAUCUGGCAAAUCGGGGUGUUGAACUUGUUACUGUGAAAAUCCCUUCCCAUCUGCCAAAAGUGGCUGAUCUGAACUCAAUCGAUUCUUUGACUGCAGCCAUCAAGGGCUCCGACACUGUUUUCCUGGUCACAAAUUACUGGGAAAUCCUGGAUCCGAAUGUCGAAUAUGCCCAGGGCAAGAACGUUGCCGAUAUUUGCAAGGCCCUUGGUGUUUCUCACCUGAUAUUUUCUUCGUUGUCCGAUGUCCAGAAGGGAAGUAAAGGGCUUCUCACUCAUCUUCCUCACUUUGAUAGCAAGGUUCGAGUGGAAGGGUACAUUCGUGACUCGGGAAUCGGUUGCAGCUUUAUACUUGCUGGGUACUAUAUGAGUAAUUUCAAAAAGGAGCUCAAACGGGCCGAGGACGGUUCUUAUCAAGUUUCCUUUCCUGUCGGAAAACACGCCAAGUUUCCUCUCUUUGAUGCCGCCCAGGAUACAGGCCUAUUCGUGAAAGCAAUUCUAAAGCAUGCUGGUGAAUUGAAGAACAAGCAGAUCCUUGCAGCUACUACUUACUACACACCCGAAGAGAUUGUGGAAAUAAUCUCUCGGGUUUCAGGAAAGAAGACAGCCUUCAUUCAGAUAUCCAAUGAGCAGUAUAUGGCCCCAUUGCCACCUGGUGUUGGUCAGGAGCUUGUUGAGACCCAUUUGUGUCUAGAGGACCCUGGCUAUUAUCUGGGAGAGCCCCUUGAGCCGAGUUUGAAUCUCCUUGACUCUAAGCCGACCCCCUUCGAGCGAUUUGUUGAGAAUAACUUCUCUACUUGGGAAUAA